AUGUGGCGGCUGGCGCGGGCGGCCCCGCCGGCCCUGGCGGCGGCGGCGGCGGCGGCGGGAGCGGGGCCGGGCGGCCACGGCGGCGCCGAGGGCUGGUACGAGUGGGCGGCGCGGUCCGCGCCCGUGCACUGGGCCGAGGGCGGGCUUGCGGCGCUGCAGGAGGCCACCGGGCUGCCCUGGUGGGCCGCCAUCGCCGGCGGGGCCGCCGCGCUGCGCACCGCCGUGACCCUCCCGCUGGCCGCGCAGCAGGGCCGGCUGCUGGCUAAGCUGGAAAACCUGCAGCCUGAGAUUAAGGAGCUCGCCCAGCGCCUUCGCUAUGAAGUUUCAGUGCGUGGAAAGCAGCUGGGGUGGUCCGAAAAGGUGGCCAGGUCGCACUUCGCCAGGAACAUGCGGAGGAUCGUUACGGAGCUGUACGUCCGGGACAACUGCCACCCCUUCAAAGCCACCCUGCUGCUGUGGGUGCAGGUCCCCAUGUGGGUGUGCGUGUCCCUGGCUCUGCGCAACUGCAGCGUCGGUGCCCUGGGCUCUGCAGUACAAGAGCAGUUUUCCUCAGGAGGAGCACUGUGGUUCACAGACCUCACGGCACCUGAUCCCACGUGGAUUUUGCCAGUUUCCCUGGGGCUGGUGAACUUGCUGGUGGUGGAGAUCUUUGCUUCCCAGACAAAAAUGCCAGUUUCGCGGAUCCAGAAGCUUGUUACGAACUUCUUCCGCACGGUGUCGGUGGUGAUGAUCCCUAUUGCUGCCACAGUGCCCUCUUCCAUGGCGCUGUACUGGCUGUCCUCGAGCCUCGUGGGACUGUCCCACAACCUCCUGCUGCGCUCUCCCGCCUUCCGCCGGCUGUGCCGCAUUCCAAGGACCACAUCCGACUCGGCUACGCCGUACAGGGACAUGGUGGCUGCCUUGGCCACCAAGUACAGCUUUAAGAAACCCUGAACUCCAGCAAGAGCUGUCUCAGGAAUGAAAUAGUGCUGUUCUAGUGAGAUGUACUUACUUGCUGUGUAUUUAUUUUCCAAAUAAAACGCUGGCUGGCCACGAGGAAGGAUUGGUCAGCAAAAAUGUGUCUUUACUGGGAAGCUUUGUUUCAAGGGCGGUCGUUUUGCAGUUGCUAUAGUCCAGAAGUCCAGGUUUGUCUCCUGAAUUAUCAUAAGGGCAGGUGAGUGUUAAAUAAAGCUGUGACUCAUA